AUGAUUUCUCACGUCUUCACUGUUGCUACACUCGUAGCUAUAGCAGAGGCAGGAGGUUACGGCAUAGGACUUGGAGGACUAGAUGGCGGAUUAGGACUUGGUGGAAUAGGUCAUGGCGAUAAUGGACAUGAGCGAGUUGUGGAUUUACAUGCUCCCCCAAAGUACGAAUUCAAAUAUGGCGUCCAGGAUCACAAGACGGGCGACCAGAAAGAACAACAAGAAGUCCGAGUGGGAGACGUGGUCAAAGGCCAGUACUCGCUCGUCGAACCAGAUGGUACUAUCCGUAUAGUAAAGUACACUGCUGACGACCACAACGGCUUCAACGCCAUCGUGCUGAGAAAAGGCCACGCUGUCCAUCCUCAGGUAGUUCACAAGGCCAUCGCUGUGCCCGUCGUAUCCAAAAUCGGAGUAGGCCUGGGCCACGGUCUUGGGUUAGGACUCGGAAGAAGCGAUGGGUUAGAACUUGGCGGUGUGUCUGGUUUGGGACUUGGCGGAGGCAUUGGAUUAGGACUUGACGGUGGACAUAGGAUAUCGCUUGGAAGAGAAGAUGGUAGAGGAGACGGGUGGGUUGUUGGUGGAAUUGGUAGGGCGGAAGGAUCAGGACUCAGAUGGGUUGGAAGGGGAGAAGGAUGGGGACACGGAGGACUUGGAGGGUACUAG